AUCCUGAAUCUCACACUGGAGAUUAUCUAUCUGCUGACUGGAGAGGGCUACGUCAUCCCUAAGAAGAAGAGCCCAACUGUGGGUUUGGGGGCCCUGCAUGCCCCUGGCUCCGUCAUACAGAAGGAAAAUGACAAGAAGAUCCUGGAACUCAUCUCCAACAUCAUCCAGCUGCUGACUGGAGAGGUUGCCAUAAGGUGUGAGGAUGUUUCCAUCUAUUUUUCCUUGGAGGAGUGGGAGUAUAUAAAAGCAAACAAGGCCCUUUACAGGGAAUGGAUAAAGGAGGAGGAGCCCCAGCAGCUCCGCCCACUGGCCUGUGAGUAUAAAGAUGGGAGCGAUGUUACAGCACAUACGGAAGCAACUUUAUGUUGUAAUAAUGAUGGGAAUCUCACAAACCCUGAUGUUUCUCCAGCGGAACAGCCCCCACCGGCCAAUGGGAUUAAAGAGGAGGCGGCUUCAUGGGAAGGGGGAAACCAAUCAGAUUGCAGCAUUAAUCCCCUUACAGAACAGAUACAGGGAACAGACACACCUACUCCUAUCAUGGGGUGCAGCCUGGGUAGCAGCCCUUUAAAAAUGAAGGGUAAUAAAUAUGAUAAAAAUGCUGAUAACUCCCCACAAAAAUCACGGAUAAAUGAUUUGGAUAAACAUCUAAGGACCCACACAAGGGAGGCACCUUUUUCCUGUACUGAAUGUGGGAAAUUUUUUGCUGCUUCUUUAGAACUCGCCGUCCAUCAACAACGAACUCACACAGGGGAGAAAGUUUCUUGUUCCGAAUGCGGGAAAUGUUUCUCACGUCGAUCUAACCUUAUUCGUCACCAUAGAACCCACACAGGAGAGAAACCAUUUUCUUGUUCUGAGUGUGGAAAAUGUUUCCCAAAUCGCUUUAACCUUGCUAGUCACCAAAGGACUCACACAGGAGAGAAGCCAUUUUCUUGUUCUGAAUGUGGGAAAUGUUUCUUAAAUCGCUCUAACCUUGCUCGUCAUCAAAUGAUUCACACAGGGGAGAAACCUUUUUCUUGUUCUGAAUGUGAGAAAUGUUUUGCCAGCUCAUCAAAACUUACUGUCCAUCAACGACAAGCUCACACGUCAAUGAAAGCAUUUUCUUGUUCUGAAUGUGGGAAAUGUUUCUCAGGUCGCUCCAAGUUUGCUCGUCAUCAAAGGACUCACACAGGGGAGAAACCAUUUUCUUGUUCUGAGUGUGGGAAAUGUUACUCCACUUCAUCAGAAUGUGCUAUCCAUCAAAGACGAACCCACACAGGGGAGAAACCUUAUUCUUGUUCUGAGUGUGGGAAAUGUUUUUUCACUUCAUCAGAACUUACUGUCCAACUACAUGGAAUCCACACAGGGGAGAAACCUUUUUCUUGUACUGAGUGUGGGAAAUGUUUUGCAUUUAAGAGUAGUCUAAAAGCGCACUUUAAAAAUCACACAGGGGAGAAACCAUUUUCCUGGUCUGAAUGUGGGAAAUGUUUUAAAAGUCAGCCAAACAUUUCUUGUACAUUGACUACAUUUAGCAUUAAUCCCCUUACAGAACAGAUACAGGGAACAGACACACCUACUCCUAUCAUGGGGUGCAGCCUGAAUAACAACUCGGCAGAGGAUUGUAUAUCGGUCAUUAUUAAAGAGGAGGCGGCUUCAUGUGAAGGGGGAAACCAAUCAGAUUGCAGCAUUAAUCCCCUUACAGAACAGAUACAGGGAACAGACACGCCUACUCCUAUCAUGGGGUGCAGCCUGGGUAGCAGCCCUUUAAAAAUGAAGGGUAAUAAAUAUGAUAAAAAUGCUGAUAACUCCCCACAAAAAUCAUGGAUAAAUGAUUUGAAUAAACAUCUAAGGACCCACACAGGAGAGGCAACUUUUUCCUGUACUGAAUGUGGGAAAUGUUUUGCCAGCUCAUCAAAACUUACUGCCCAUCAACGACGAGCUCACACCUCGGAGAAACCAUUUUCUUGUUCUGAAUGUGGGAAAUGUUUCUCAGAUCGAUCCAACUUUGCACGUCAUCGAAGGACUCACACAGGGGAGAAACCAUAUUCUUGUUUUGAAUGUGGGAAAUGUUUUGCCACUUUAUCAGAAUGUACUAUUCAUCAAAGACGAAUUCACACAGGGGAGAAACCAUUUUCUUGUUCUGAUUGUGGGAGAUGUUUUGCCAGCUCAUCAAAACUUACUGUCCAUCAACGACAAGCUCACACGACUCACACAGGGGAGAAACCAUAUUCUUGUUCUGAAUGUGGCAAAUGUUUUUCCACUUCAUCAGAAUGUACUAUCCAUCAAAGACGAAUCCACACAGGGGAGAAACCUUAUUCUUGCUCUGAGUGUGGGAAAUGUUUUUUCACUUCAUCAGAAGUUACUGUCCAUCGACAUAGAACCCACACAGGGGAGAAACCUUUUUCCUGUACGGAGUGUGGGAAAUGUUUUGCAUUUAAGAGUAGUCUAAAUGCACACUUUCAAAAUCACACAAGAGGAAAACUAUAAACUUGUUCUCCAUGUGUCACUUCAUCAGACCUUUGUCCAUUAAUAAAGUUGCACAGGGGAGAAACCAUUUUCCUUUUCUGAAAGUUGGAAACAGUUGUUUGCACUAUACAAUGUAUCAUUGGUCAAUCAUUAGACCAAUACUGUCCAAACUGUGAGCUUGAUGGACACUGGCCAUUGCUAAGAUGCCCCAUAUUGCUCUUCCCACAGCGCUGGCUCACCAUUGGGAUCUGAGGGACCUCAUUUCAUUGCAAUAUAUCUCUUCCUUCCACCAACAGAUAAAAAUCAAGAAGGGACAUAUUCCAAGGGAUAAAACAUUCCCAGGAUAUCACUUGGGCAGAUGUUUUCAACAAAUUCUUGCACAUUAAAUAACAUAUUGGAGAUACGCCCAGCUGGGAAUUUUUAGUCUUCUUCUAAGGGACGUUCGGAUAUCGGUCGUACAUUAAAAUGCAACAAUCUAAAACUAACAUUCAGACUGAAAUUGUAGCAUAAAUGGGAGGGUGUUCUGAACAUAAAAUAGUUGGCAGCACCAAUUGUAUGAAAGCGACGUCCCAGAAUUGCAUUGUAGGCCCCCAAGAAUACCGCCGGAUACUCGAUACAUGCACAGAUUUUAUUGUUAUCCAAUUGCAAUUUUCUUACCUGUCCGAUCGACUAAAUGACCGAUCUCCACGGUAUGAAAGUUAUUGUAGGUUUCAUAUGAUUAUAUGGGUGCGUAUGGGCAGCUUCAGACCCGGACAGCUGGAAAGAGGUAGAAAGAUCCUCUCCUCCCCACUGAUAAGCACCAGAGAGAGGUUGAUCCAGUUUAAAAUCGUAACCAAACCUACCUCACCCUGAAAUAACUGCAUUUCAUGGGUCGUCUAGAACAUUUAUACAUUUGAUGUGGUAUUGCCCAGACUUUCAAAGGUUUAUGAAGUUUCCUUCAAAUUCUGUUAUGCAAAAAACAGGUGUAGGAACGUUCCAUU